GACAGGAUGUCUAAAUGUGAGCUGAUCGAGCUGAAAGACCUCAGUGUAAAUGAUUCCAUCGAGCUGGCUGCUCCUGUAGCCCGCACAGCCCCUCCGCCUGUAAACCCAGGUCAGCCCUGCUCCUUCCAUGUUGUUCGUCUGGUUGGAGACAGCGUCAGCAUCGAGGUACCCGGGUGUCAGACAAGAGAGGCUGGAGUGGGUCACGACUUCCAGCCCUACAGUCACACUCAUCUUACCUGGUGUGACCUGUGUGGAGAAUUCAUCUGGGGUCUUUAUAAGCAGAGUUUACGCUGUGCCAACUGCAGUUACACUUGUCACUACCGCUGCCGACUGUUCAUCCAGCUGGACUGCAGCACAGAUGGAAGUUUGUUAACAGACCAGGAAGAUUUCUCUGUCGACUCCUUCGAGACAGACACAAAUGUGGAUGAACAGAUCGAUUCGGGUAAACAGGAGUUAAGUGUUGGUGAGAUUCAACAGAAGGUUAAGGAGUAUAAUGCUCAGAUCAACAGCAAUCUCUACAUGAUGGUUAAUAAAGACGGGUUCUACACUGGUUUCAUCAAGGUCCACUUCCAGUUAGCUCGACCGAUCUCCCUCCCUCCUCCUCAGAGCCUAUACUCCACACGAGAGGAAGAGCAGCAGGGCAGGCGGAUGAAACGGCGGACAUCUUUCUACCUCCCAAAAGAUACAGCAAAACACUUGCAUAUAAGCUCCCAAACACGGGUACGAGAAGUCAUCGAGGCAUUGCUCAACAAGUUCACUGUGGUGGACAACCCAGCCAAGUUUGCCCUGUUUGAACGCGCUGAGAGACAAAGUCAAGUGUACAUGCGUAAACUGUCUGAUGAUGAAUGUCCACUCUACUUACGCUUGUGUGCUGGUCCCAGUGAAAAAGCUCUGAGUCUGGUUUUGAAAGAAAAUGAGACAGGAGAUGUCAAUUGGGAUGCUUUUAGCUUUCCUGAGUUGUGCAACUUCCUGCGAAUCUUGCAGCGUGAGGAAGAAGAGCAUGUCCGGCAGAUUGUGAAGCGCUACACUCUUGCUAGAGAAAAGAUGAAGCAGGCCAUGGCGAGGAUUACUACUCCUGGAUGA